UUGGGUGAACGGCAAAAGGAGGCCGAGAUUUUUCUAUUCGUGUUUUUUUUUUAACCCGGAGAACUCCUUGUUUCUGUCUCAAUGAACAAAGACGUCCAGACUGGGAACAAGUUUAACCAGCUUUCGCACCCUGCUUAAAUCGUGGUAAACAAGUAAGAUGUGCACACUAACGCGGUUCAACUAAAUGGCAAAAGGCCAAAAACGCAUACAGACUGAAUAUAAUUACCAUCGAUUUGCAUUAGAUACGCGUAGAAUGGAGUCUCGAUACGGUCGCAGCUUCUCGGGUGGAAAUGGAAAUGAUUCAGGCUAUAGACGCUAUACUCGUUCCCGUUCGCGAUCCAGGGAACGCAGUCGGGAUCGUAAUGAGUAUAGACGACGCAAUUCCCGUUCUCGUAGCCGGGAAAGAUCCUCGCAUUAUAGACGCGAUCGAAGUACGGAUCGUGAUUUAUACCGUGAUCUGAUAAAUGAUGAUUACGAGGAGCAGAGCAACUACAGCUCAAGACAUAACAAUGAUCGUCGUGAUCUGGAUAACCACGGUCGCAGGGAUCAUGAUGGCUAUAACGAUCAUGAUCGUCGUGACCAGAAUAGCUAUGGUAGACGUAGCCAGGAUAAAUAUGAAAAUGAACAUGAUAACCGCUGGAAGAACUACAAUCGUGAGUCGAAGGAGCGCAAUCAUGACGACUUUGAUAGAGGAUCUGAACGCAGCCGCAGUGGUGAUUAUCGGCAGUAUAAUAAUAAUGGCAAUGGCAGCUCUAACAGUAGUAAUAGGGAUCGAGAAAUGGAUCGCGAUCGCGAGAAACAGUAUUCGUCGGAUGAGGACAGUGACACAGUUAAUGAAUAUAAGCAAAAAAAUAGCUAUCCCAGUGGCAGCAACGUGGGGCCAUUGAACAACAUUAUCCUCUUUGGACUAAAGAAGCAUGUCACGGAAGCGGAUAUAAUGGGCGAACUAAUAAAACUCGAUAUGGAACCCACUUCCAUUCGCGUGAUGAGGAAACAGCCAUCAGGUGCCUCACGCUGUUUUGCAUUUGUCGAGUUUAAAACCGUUGAGGAGGCGAAACAUUGGAUGGAUUUAACCCAGGGUGUGCUCCAGCUGGGUGAUCAUCGCGUGUCCAUGCAGUAUAGCCACACUAGCAUGUCGGAUUGGACCUGUAUUAAGUGUGGUGCCAGUAACUUUAAGCGACGCUUUCAGUGUUUCAUGUGCAGCUCCUCGCGGGUAGAGAGUGAAAAUGCUCUUUCUGGAGCCGGCGAGGGCACCGACGAGAUCAGCCGCAUCCUCACAAAAAAGAUCAUGCUACGCGGCUUGGACGCGCUGACAAACGAGGAGGGCGUGCUAACUGCCCUCCAGGAGCACCUACCCGACCUGGCCAAAACAGUCAGCAAGGUGCUGAUCAGCCGCGACACCCUAACCCAAGCAUCUCGAGGCAUUUGUUAUCUAAACUUUGAUACACUCAUUGAUUCAAUGAAUGUGUAUAACGGUCUGACGGCGUUGAAUCCACCGCUUACCUUGGAUGACAAAAUGGUUUCUGUCAACUAUUGUAUGGAUUCUGAAAAUCGUCAAAUGUUGCCAACUGCUGACUCGACUACAUCUCGAUCCACUGUUGCGGCGUUGACACCCUCGGUAGUAAGUGCAUGCUACACCCUAGCAGAUGUACCACGUCUUGCCGAAUACAGUGCCUCCGUGUAUGCAUCGAACCCUGUGGAGCAUGCCCACUACGUUCAGUACUAUACGGAUUAUUAUACAACUGAAAUAAGUAAGAACAGUACAAAUCCUCAAGUCACAGAGGCCAAUUCAGGAGCAGCAGUGGCCCUAUCAGCCAUGCAGCGUAAGCAAAGGAAAAUAAGCCACAUGGAGACGACGACUUCUGUGCCAGAGGCGAAAGCCGCGUUUCUAGCCAGAGGAGCAAGUGCUCCCAGGGGUAAUGAUGGAAAGAAAUACGCCACUCCCGAUGUAUCCAAGUACCAAUAUGAUGAGACCUCGGGCUAUUACUAUGACCACGUUACUGGUCUCUACUAUGAUGCCCACUCGCAGUACUACUAUAACAACGAGACUGGCGCAUAUCUUUAUUGGGAUCAGAAAAGGAGCACUUAUAUUUUGGCAACACCCGCUUCCACUCAGGCAGCUCUCCAAGAAGUGUUGGCUGAGGCCGAAAAGAAAGAGGAGGAGGCCAAGAAGGCUAAAGAAAAGGAGAAAGAAAAAGAAGAUGUGGGCAAGCCCGACAAAGUCAAGGUGGCCAAGAAGAUCGUCAAGGAUAUGGAAAAGUGGGCUAAGCAUCUAAACCAGAGAAAAGACUACACGACAGUGGCCACACCACAGCCUAUUCUGCCUGAAAAUGAAGCUCCAAGCACUUCGCGUGGCAACCAAGGAGCUUAUGCUGAUGUGGGAUUCUCGAUUCUUGAGAAGAAAGAGCUCCGUAAGCUCAAUGACUAUACACCACAGGCUGGACCACCGGCGGUAAGCAAACUAGUUAGCGCCUAUGGAGGGCCAUCUGACUCGGAAGAUGAUAAUACUGGUGCCUCCCAGAAACUUAAAAAAGCUGGGGAAGCGGGUGGUGGGCCUACCGCUGAUUCGGAAUAUGUGGACUUUCAAAAGCUUACUUGCCUGCUCUGUAAGCGGGCCUUUCAAUCGCUCGACAUCUUGCAGAAGCAUCUAAAAAUGUCUAAUCUACAUAAAGAGAAUCUGGCCAAGCUUAACAAAAAUUCUGAAAAUAGAAAUAGCGUUGAUGAAGCACUAUCCUAUCGAGACCGUGCCAAGGAGCGCAGACUUAAGUACGGCGAGGGCGAUCCUCCUCCACCAAAUCGUAGCAGGGAGCGCUUUGAGCAAGAAUUAAAAACUUUGCAAACGCGGCAGAAAGACUCCUCUGGAGCUGCUCCGGCUAUGCCCAUUAGUUCGAGCAACGUGGGCAGUCGUCUGCUGCAAAAGAUGGGCUGGUCAGAGGGUCAGGGUUUGGGCAAGAAGAACCAGGGACGUACGCAAAUUAUAGAGGCUGACGGUCGUACCAACAAUGUGGGUCUGGGCAAUAAGGCUGGAAACUUAACACCUGGAAACGACUACAAAUCCUACAUCAAGAAAAUGAUGAAGCAGCGUUAUGAGAACGCUUGAGACAUCUUAAAGACACAUUUGAUUUUAUUCCGCUUGAAUAUAGGAGCAUUUAGGCAUUAUUUACCUCAAUUACCACCUUAGUGCGCUCAUUUAGCAUUAACUUGCGAUGUUAACAUGUAAAUAGUUAAUAAAGUCUCAAAUUGAA